UUUUACUCCUUUAAAGCUGCAUCACCGAGGCGAAACGGCGACCUCAGUCGAUUACCUUUCUUUCCUUUGCUAUCCCAUGGAUAUUCACUGCAAAGCAGACCCCUUCUCGGCAAUGCACCUGUCCCACGCAGGGCACGGCGGUGUGAACCAGCUCGGCGGGGUGUUUGUGAACGGCAGACCCCUCCCGGACGUGGUGAGGCAGCGGAUCGUGGAGCUGGCCCACCAGGGCGUCCGGCCCUGCGACAUCUCCAGACAGCUACGGGUCAGUCACGGCUGUGUCAGCAAAAUCCUCGGCAGGUACUAUGAAACUGGCAGUAUUAAACCCGGAGUCAUUGGUGGCUCCAAACCAAAGGUUGCAACUCCGAAAGUGGUGGAUAAAAUUGCUGACUAUAAGCGCCAGAAUCCAACCAUGUUCGCUUGGGAGAUAAGGGACCGACUACUGGCUGAGGGCGUCUGCGACAACGACACCGUCCCCAGCGUCUCAUCCAUCAACAGGAUUAUCCGCACCAAAGUCCAGCAGCAAUUCCACCCGUCCCCUGACGGAUCUGUUACGCCGCUCUCCACGCCCGGCCACACCAUAGUGCCCAGCACCGCCUCGCCCCCUGUGACCAGCGCCUCCAACGAUCCCGUAGGAUCCUACUCCAUCAACGGCAUUCUGGGUAUCCCCCGCUCCAACGGCGAGAAGAGGAAACGAGACGAUGUUCUCUGGAGUGGCAACCACUUGGAUGGAAGGAAAAUAGGACAUUAUGGCUCUGAUGGCUCAGGCCCGGGCAGCGACUCUCAGGGCAGUGUGGAGAGUUUAAGGAAGCACCUGCGAGCAGACGCCUUCACCCAACAGCAGCUGGAGGCCCUGGACCGUGUGUUUGAACGUCCUUCUUACCCUGAUGUCUUCCCCACUUCAGAACACAUCAAACCUGAACAGGCGAAUGAGUACUCCCUCCCAUCCCUGAACGCUGGCCUGGAUGACGUGAAGCCGAGCCUCUCCACCAGCGCCAGCUCCGACCUCGCCUCCAGUGUCUCCCAGAGCUACUCUGUUGUGACAGACUCUCACCCAUCACAUCCACCCUCCAUGUGUGUAAAGCGAGAGCCCCAUGAGGCAUCCUUUGCCCCCUUCACCCCCUCCUCUGUUGGGGACUCUGCUCUAGCCGACAUCUUGCCCCACCAGUCCGGCCUCUCUGUAGAUGCCUCUACUCCCAGCUACCCUGCCCAUGCCCACGGCCCCUGCUACAGCCAGUAUGCCAGCCAGCCCUUUAUAGCAGGUCGAGACAUGGCCAGCACCACCUUACCUGGCUACCCGCCUCAUGUCCCCCCCACAGGACAAGGCAGCUACCCCACCUCCACACUCGCUGGAAUGGUUCCUGGAGGGGACUUUUCCGGAAACCCCUACUCUCAUCCACAAUACACCACUUACAACGAAGCAUGGCGGUUCAGCAAUCCAGCAUUACUAAGUUCCCCUUAUUAUUAUAGUGCCGCAUCCCGUGGCUCCGCACCUCCCACUGCUGCCACUGCCUACGACCGCCACUAGUUACCAUGGAGACCAGCUCAAACUGCAGGGCCAGGGCUUCGGCCUCCAUAUUGUCCCCGUCUGAGAAACACUGAGGUCAAAGGGAAGCGAGGUGGAAGCCUAAAGGAAACCCCCCACCCCCCACCCCCCGUGAUGUGGAGGAAGGAUCGGCGAGGUCGACGCCGGUGCACCUAGCCCAGCUUCAGCGUCACACACUUUUGGGUCAAAAGGGCCCGCGGGCGUUCAGAACUCACCCAUCAUGCCCUCACUCUCUGACAGGCCCGAACAUUUCCAGAAUGACUUUAAGAGAUUAUAUAAAUAUAUAUAUUAUAAAAUAUAAAUUGAAGAAAAACAGUGUGAAGAAUACCAUGUGGAAAAAAAUGUUGUGGGUUUUUAUUUUUGUUUCUUUGUUGCUGUUGUUGUUGUUGUUAUUUUAUUCAUGGAUCCUCACAUUCCUUUUAUGUGAUGAACUGCAGUAUUUUUCUGCUCUAAAGAGAGAAGUCCAGGGGAGAUGACAAUGGUCCCAUAGCUUGAUGAUGCAGCGGCUUGAACCAGUGUUGCGGAGCCUCUUUGACACUUAAUGAGAUCCUGGCUCUGAGCUGUAGGGCGGGCUUUACUCUGGUGCUUUGACUACGUCUUCUGCUCCCAUUUCUCCUGUCCUACCCACAUUAUCGGAUAAACACAGCAUGUCCUACAACAUUUACUGACCCUAUAUAGACCAAUGGCAACAUCACGCUCCCUGUGGCAAACAAUCAGAUGUAAAAAUGUAAAUCAUUUUGCAAAGUAUUAAAAACAUGGUGACCACAAAAAAACGGCCUCGCCAGAAUUUUAAAUACUUUAAAUUAUUUUUUUUCUUGUCACUAUUUUUUAAUGUAAAAAAAGGCUAUCAAAGAUUCCUUCAGAGUAGUUGUCACAUUGCCCUCAUUUUCCAGUCAUGUCCGUGUCCAUGCAUGAUCGUCCUUUGCUCUUUUUUUGCACUAUAACCUCAGCUUAUUUAAUUUAUUUGGUACAUUCACUUAAAAUUAAUUAACCUACCAGUUAUGUUGGAUAGUGUAGGUGCAAGAACACAAAGCAGACAGACAUGUUUUUGUGUGAGGAGGCUGUAAGCCAUAGCCCUAUGGUUACAUCGACAAAUUCUCCUGGGUUGUAAUCCAUUCAGCUACUUAGUCAUACCACUAGAUGCCUACACAGUUUAGAAAGCUGUACGCAGUUGAGCGAUCCAACUGUAAAUUAGCUUCAACAAUUGCCUUACAAACCUGUUUUUUCAACGUAAAUUCAUGCCUGUUCCACGAAAUUAAUUGCCUUUACGAACACAUUCUCACCACCCUCCUUGAUUUAUGUUCUACUCUCCAUAGGGACUGAAAGGAAAUACUGAUUCAGUUUUGCUUUUUGGAAAAUAUUUUGUGAAUGUACUUUUAACUACAUUUGCCAAAGACUUAGUUUGAUAUUUAAUAUUUUAUUUACAGUAUAUGUAUGCAUAAAUAAAGCAGUAUUAUCUUUUAAAAAAGUAGUCGACACUGAACAUGUACGUCGUGACUUUUCGACAGGCGAACAACGCGGUGACUGUAACGAAAAAGGUCAGUGACUCAAUACUCCAUCGGUUGCAACAAAAUGCUGCUUUGUAGAAUGAUUUGUGAAUAAUGUGAAGACAAUUCUUCUCUGUAAAUAAUAUCACACACCAUUGCAGUAUCAUACUAAUGUACUGGCUCCCUUUGUAGAUAUACAGACUGAAAAAAAAACAUGCAUUACAUUUGUGUCUUAAUGUAAUGUUGUGCUCUGAGGAAAAAAGGCACAACGACUGUAUAACCUGUGGCUACAUGUGCUGUAGCAGCAGGUUUCAGAUGCUAACAUCACAUAGGUUGUCUUUGUCAUUUAUUUUGUUUUCAUGAUAAUGCCAUGAUGAUGUUUUAUGUCACUAUGCAAUGAGUUAAAUGGCUUUCUGUAUCAUCUUUUGUUGUUGGGCUCAGAUUAAGUACUCCCCAUGGAGAACGGCAUAAAAGUUAACAAGUACAAAAAAGACCUCCAGUGUGAAAUGGUUUCUCUCUCAUUUCACUUUUGCUCCACAAAUUCCCUUAAAUAACGACGCGAUCAAACUGAAGUCCUUGGCAACAAUCAAAGAUAUUGUCCUGUUUGCUGUUAGUAGAUGUUGUGCUCAUUAUGUUAAUCCAAAUUACAGUCAUCUGUGCCUCCAUGUAUAGAAACACAUCCACACUUAUUACCAGUCACCCAUCUCUCCUCCCUCCUUCCCUCCACUCUCUCUACUAAUACAACUCUUUAGCAUCCAAGAUAAAGUUUACUUUAAAUCCACGCAAGCAAAUACAUCAUCUGGUACCAGGGUUAACUGUCGUUGCCGAGGGCACCGGAUAACAGAGAAACAGACUGCGGUCCUGCUCUUCAGGAGAAGUUAUCCUCUACAAAUUGCACUUGGGAUUUGCCUAUUUCUGUCUACAUGUAGCUCGACAUAUCGGAAAAUGAAACACUGGCGCAGAGUGCAAGCCACCGUCAUUCAGGCGGAGUCUUUGCUUUAGGAAGCGGAGCACCUCUGAAGUAAUGGGUCUUCUGCUGUUGUAAAGAUGAUACAGGAGAUGUGUCAUGGACAUAAAAAAAGGAUUUCUGAUGAAAAUCUAUACAGAAAGCCUCGUGGCCUCAAUCAUUGUUCUGUUUCAGUUCUGUUCCAAUUCUUUUUGUGCACAUGAGAAAUAAAUUCUUUUAUAUGUCA